AUGGACAAGGCUGCGCUGCAGGCCAGAGUGCUGGCCAAGCUCGGCAAAGAGGUGCCGCCUUCAAGGGCUCCGAAGGCCAAGGCUCCGGCUCCGGCUCCGCAGCCCCUUCCAGACUCGGGAUCCGAUGAUGGCUCUGCCUCCAGCAGCAGCUCGGAAGACUGGCGCAUUGAGGUUGCGCCUGCUGCACGUGCGCGUAAGGGCUAUGCAGAUGAUGCCAUCUCCGACGGUUCGGCAGAUUCCGCAGAGUCGGAGAGCAAGGAGCGCCAUCCCCCGCUGAUUGCCCGAAGCCUCUGCAGCCGCCGGCAGUUAGGCCGUUGCAUCCGCCAGCGGCGGCGAAGUUUGCAGAUCGCUUUGGCGGCCAUCGUCGUCACAGUACUGGGCUUCGUCGUCACCACUCUCUUGCGCUUUGCCUGCGCUUGCCUUUUGAUCCGAAUCCUUGGUGUGUCCACGCACCCCGAAGCGUUGGGAUCGAAGCUCAGCCUUUGUGCCAUUGUGGAGGGGACUUUGCCCAGUUUCCAGACGGGGAUUCAAUCGAAACAGCAGGGCCUGGACGGAGGCGGCGAUGCCAACGCCGCCGGGGAUGUGAGCCGGAGCUUAGCGUUUGCCGAAGUCAUAGCAUGGGAGUUGGAUUUGUUUGCAGAGAUGGUCUUCAAUUGCCUGAGGGUGUUCGGCAAGAUCGCGGGCAACUUCACCCUUAAGGACUCGAAGGACUGGGACUUUGAUCUCAAGGGCAGCCUUCCGAUGCGCAACGGCAGCUUCCACGCGUGGAAGGCCAAGGUUCAGUCCAAGAAGGAGGAGCUCAAGAGGAGGGAGGUGGAGCAGAGGCUGAACUACCUCCAGGGGAUCUACCGAGCGUGGUCCACCCUUGCCUGCGCUGCAAAACGCGAGAAAGAGUUGGAGCAGGAGAAGGAACGUCUUCAUAAAGAACAGGAAGAUCUCCGCAAGGAGGUGGAGGAGCAGCGCCUUCGGAACUCUCAGAUGCGAGGCUCCCUCCUGGCCAUGACGGACGAGCCCAACCUUCUUCUUUUGCUGGGCUCAGUGUGGAACUCCUGGAAGGAGUUGCUGGUGGAGAAGAGGAUAAUGCAAGAACGCGAAGCAGAGCGGCAGAAGUGGGCCAAGGAGUUCCAGGACGCCUCAAAGCUGAGGCAGUUCAGCUGUCAGAGGAGCAUCAAGACGAGCAACGGCAGAGUCUCAGACCAGAUCUACUCCAUCAAGCGGAGGUUCCCCAGCUUCAGCGGGAAGGUGCCAGAUGAGGCGCGCUUUUGGUCGGAGGAGGACCUUGAAGCCUUCUUCCGGAGCAAUGGCCAGUCAAAGCCGCGCGAGAGCGCCCGUCCGGGCGUGGAGACGUGCCCCUUGCUCUCCAAGCUGAGGCUAGAGUUGGCCAAGCAGAAGAUUGAUGAGCCAACCAUCGAGUACGCUGCCUUCAGCCGAUACCUGCAAGGAGUGCGCGAGGACUGGUAUAGGAAUCCUCACCUGACGAGUGUUGCGGAAUGUCGAGAGGUGCCGCGGCUCCGGAGCUUGGAGCGCGCAAUGGUGCAGCAGCCCACGCUCCUGGAGAAGCCACGUGACUGGUACGCGAGAUUCUGGAACCUGGAAUUCUUCAAGCGGGACUGCGGGCAUGACUACUGGUUUUGCCGCCCUCAGUUUCCAGCUUUCGAUGGCGAUGAAGCAGCCAUUGAUAAGCUCGCACUCCAUGCCAGCAUUGCAGAAUUUGUUGAAUAUGCCCGCACAUUGCAGCGCAUGGAUCGGAAAUGCGAUCAGGAGAAGAGCCUCGCCUUUCCCCGGCUCACGCUGGAUGGCUAUGCCCCCUUCUUCGGGGUCAUGCGGAAGUUCUUUGACGAGUGCUGGAGCAAGCUUGGCCCAGAGGGCUUGCCGGACUUGAGCCCCAGGCUCGCGCAGGUCUUUGCGCACCACUUCUCUUUGCCAGACCCCAUGGAGACGCUGUCUCGCUUCUACAAGGUCACCUUGGCGGCUACCGGCUCUAUAACAAGACUCCAUGUGGAGGUUGCCGGAGCCCAUAUUUGGUUGAAUCAGGUUGAGGGACGAAGAGUGUUCUUCCUCUUCCCACCCUCAGAGUCCCGGAAGCUCUACGAAGAGACUGGCGGACCCAUGCAGGAGACAAGUGGCUUUGCGACGAGCGUCAGUGGCGUCGACAUUUUGGCGAGCGCCAAGCGGCACCCGCUCUUCGCAGAGGCCUCCUGCCGGGUGGCGGUGCUGUACCUGGGCCAGACCUUGGUGAUUCCGGCCGGCUGGUGGUGGUACUCCGUGUCGCUGGACCCCUCAGUGACGCUGUGGCAUCACUUCUGGACACAAGAGAAUAAGCACCGCUUUCCGGAGAUUGCCUGGGAGUACUUCAACUAUCAGAAGAUGACCCCGGAGUUCUGGACGGCCUUGCCUCGCAAAGUGGAGGCGCUGAGAGCGAUGCGGCAGUCCAUGAUCGCUUUCUCUGCAGUGGAUCAGCAAGUAAAGGCGCAGCAGGAGGUGCUGCUUCCGAUUCUUUGGUCCGCCUGGCGGGACCUGGUGCUUGAGAAGCGGCGGGAUGAGCAACUGGACCUCUCCCGGCGCUUGGUGGAGGAGGAAGUGAAGAAAGCUCAGCAGGAGGCCCGUCAGCUGCACGCUGAGGCGGCUCAGAUGCGGGAGCGGCACUUGCACGCACAACAGAAGCGCCAGGCCAUUUUCCUUCUGUCGCUGGAGACAAGGGACCGCGCUUUGCUCCUCCAGAUCACGUGGAGCGCUUGGCGUGAAUGCCUGGAGGAUCGCCGGAAGCUGGCUUUGGACAUGGUGAAGCAGAAGCUCCCACCCGCGGUCCAAGACUUAAUGUCGCCCAAAGCUGGCGACCAAGGACCCGCCGGAUCCCAACUUGGUCAAAGCAAGCGGCCAGGCCUUUGUCAACGCUUGUGCCGCUGUCUGCCAGGCAGCAAGACGAAAGGCGCCGGCGCCGGCGCGAGUCGCAAGCCCAGCGCCGUAGCGCAGGCGCCGGCCCCGGCCCCGCCGCCCCCACAGACGGUGAGGCCAGAGAGCCGAGGCGCAGAUGGGCGGCCUCCUCAUGUGGAGCAGCCAGGUCCUGCAAGCCUGCCGCUGGCCAGCUCCCCUGCCCGGGCUGUCGCAGAGCUCCAGCCAGGUCAAGGUGCCGCUCACGAGCCAGGAGGCCCCGCGGCCCGGGCGAUUCUGCGCCCUCGGGCCUUACACCCCUGA